AUGUCGCAUUUUUCGUUGAUUCCGGUGGAUUUUGAAAAUGUUGAUUGUUUGGAUGUAGAUAUGGCUGAUGUUGUCUUGAAGGUUGGAGGCAACACGCAAGACUUUAGAGCUACUUUAGGUAUCAUUGGCUCUUCUACUCCAAUGGCAAUGAUUGGCUUAUAUCCUUGGAUGCAUCGGAAGAAUGGUCAGUUUGCUUCAUUGAAGGAAAAUUCAGCCUCUUCUAGUUGGGAUUUUACUAAGAGUUGCCUUCAAGGAGAUGGCAUACCUCGUCCAGAAACUGUUGUUCGAAGAUGUCAACAUUGUGGUGUUGGUGAAAAUUCUACUCCUGCAAUGCAUCGUGGCCCAGCUGGACCAAGGACACUCUGCAAUGCAUGUGGGCUUAUAUGGGCAAACAAGGGAUGGUUACAAUGA